AUGGGGAUGGUAAUGGCAAACCUUCUUUCAAAACCUUUCAUAAACAAUUUUUUUCAGGAUUUGGAACCUGUUCAGUGGUCAAAUUUCAUUUGGUUCAAACACCAUGUUACCCGCUUCUCUAUCUUCACUUGGAUGGCUUUCAGGAAUGGGAUAAAAACUGCGGAUGUUCUGAUUUCCAGGGGUAUUUCGGUGGCCCCUGAAUGCAUUUUCUGCAAAGAUGAAAGGGAAACUCUUAACCAUCUUUUGUUUGGCUGCAAUUUUACUUAUCAUAUUCUUAUACACACUCCUCCUCGCAUGAAAUGCAUGCUGCUUAGACCGAAUCUUUGGCAAGUUUUUAAUUCCAUUGAUGAGGGGGAUAUGGAUUCAAAUACGAAAAGUUUUUGCUAUCUCCUGCUUUCUGCGAUUGUCUAUUUCAUCUGGAAGGCUAGAAAUGACAGGAGUUUUGGGAAUAUUUUGGAAUGCCAGACCACUGUUAUUAGCAUGAUUAAAAGAGCUGUUCGUUAUAAGACUUUCAAAAGGAAAUGCUUCCAACAUUUACAACAUUGGCUGGAAUGA